AUGGAAAUUCCCCAAGUGGAGGAGACAACUAAACCACCGCCAAUAAACCAAGAGCCACCUCUUGCAUCCAUAGCUACUCCAAACGACGUCGUUACUAUUGCACCACCACCACCUCAUCAUACUACUACUACUACACCACCACCUCAAGAAGCUGUCACACCUCAAGACACCGAUUUUCCAUCAAAGAAGAGUUCAAAAGGAUCUCUUGACAGAGAUAUUGCUCUUUCACAGCUUGAAAAUGAGAAAAGGUCAUCCUUCAUCAAGGCAUGGGAAGAAAGCAAAAAAAGCAAAGUGGACAACAAGGCACAAAAGAAGCUAUCUGCAGUUGCAACAUGGGAGAAAACUCAGAGAGCAAAGCUUGAAGCUAAACUGAAGAAACAUGAGGAUCAGCUAGAGCAUAAGAAAGCAGAAUAUGCAGAGAAGAUAAAAAAUGAACUAGCAUUAAUUCAUAAGGAGGCAGAUGAGAAGAGAGCUGUGGUUGAAGCGAGACGAGGGAAAGAACUUCUGAAAGCAGAGGAGAUGGCAGCCAAGUACCGCGCUAGGGGGCAAUCCCCUAAGAAGCAGCUUCUUGGAUGCUGUGGAUGUUAAUGAUGUUAUGAACUAUGUGAAAAUUUAAAUUUCAUGCUGCUGCUUUUGAGUGUGUGU